GGAAUCUGAUAAAACUGAUUAUGCUCCAAAAGAGUAAUAUAAUAAGUAUGGCACAUAAAUAGCUGCAAGUGGAUUAAUCGAAACACAAUAUUUAGUUUUUGGUUGUCUAAGAUGAAGCCACACACAGCACUCCUGAUAUUUGCCGUGAUUUGUAUGCACGCAAGUGCUUCUCCAUUCAUCAAGGAUGAUGAAUUACCGAUUGCUCAGGCAUGUGAUGAAGAAAAAUGCCAAUUGCCAGACUGCAGAUGUGCAUCAAGUGAUAUUCCAGGUGGUUUAAAAUUAGAGGAAACUCCACAGUUUGUAUUUUUAACCUUUGAUGACGCUGUGAGAAGCGAUAACUACGAUUUAUAUGUGGAAACAUUGUUCGGAAGAGAAAAAAAUCCGGAUAAUUGUAAUGUGACCGCAACUUUAUUUGUUUCACAUGAUUACACAAUUUAUGCCAAACUGCACGAUCUGUACGAGAAUGGUUUCGAAGUGGCACUACAUUCCAUCACCCAUGAUCCUAACACAACGAAAUGGAGUGAAGCUUCCGUUGAAUAUUUGAAGAAAGAGUUCGGUGGUGAAAGGGAAAUAAUUACCAAGUUUGCCAAAAUACCUGAGGAAGAUAUUCAUGGAAUAAGAGUGCCAUUCUUGCAAUUAUCUGGAAACAACAGCUUUGAAUUAAUCAAAGAAUUGGAUCUAGAAUAUGACUGUUCCUGGCCAACAAGAAGUUUUGUGGAACCUGGAUUAUGGCCUUAUACUCUCGAUUACAAGUCACCUCAAGAUUGUCCCAUUGGACCCUGUCCUACAGCAUCACUUCCAGGAGUGUGGGUAGCACCGAUGCUCGAUUUAUUCGACAACAAAAAUGUUCCCUGUGCUAUGGUUGACCAAUGUGUCAAUAUUCCCACAGAUGCUGCCAAUGUUACUGAUUGGAUUAUCGAAAAUUUCAAUAGAAAUUACAAUAAUAAUAAAGCACCAUUUGGUUUCUAUGUUCAUGCCACUUGGUUAUCGACGAAUAAGGAACAUGUUCAAGCAUAUAAAAAUUUUGUGGAUUAUUUACAAACCCUGCCAGAUGUUUACAUUGUUGGCAUACAUAGAGCGUUGGAAUGGAUAAAAAACCCCGUACCAAUUGGUUCUGCUGACUGGCCAGCUUGUCCAACGGUAAAAAAAUCAAAAUGUGAGGACAAAUUAUGUACAUACAAGAAGGAUGACGGUAGUGAAAUAAUAAUGCACAUUUGUGCCGAUAUUGCAUGUCCAAACAAUUACCCAACACCAGAUAACCCCCUUGGAAAAUGAUCAUUCGUUCUUCAUAAUACAAUAUUAUGCGAAAUUGUUAAAUGAAUCGAUACUACUUAUCUACCAGAAAUUCAAGCAUGUUAAUUAACAAUAUAUUCAUAACAUAUAA